AUCAAAAUAUCCUUUCCCUCUCGGCUUUCCUACGUUUUUCAAAUGUCGCAACACUUUCUCUCUCUACCGCCCACUCUCUUUCUCUCUCUACCGCCCUCUCUUUCUAUGGCAGCACUUUCUCUCUCUACCCGCUUCUCUCUCACACUCUCUCUCAACCCACCCUUUCUCUAUCUCGCUACCCAGCCCAUCAGCCAACUCCAUUGCCAACCUCUUUCAGGACCUUAGAACCCACCUCUCUCUCUUUAUCAUCUAUUGCCUCGGCCAGUUCCACUCAGAAACCCCCAUCCCAUCUCAAAACCCCCAAUCAAGUUGAUCAAAGAUCGCGCCCCACCGUCGAAGAACCCACGAACCCACAAAACAAAAACCAUAAUUUAGCCAUCAAAACUGCUCUCUGCAACUCUCUCUCCUUCACAAACAAAGAAUCAAUCAUUUGGGCUUCAAGGGCUCUCCCUCUAGCCCUCUCUGUCCUCUUAGGCGUUUUGUACAGCAGAGACAAUGGCUAUUGGGCAGGCAUUGUGGUAGCCGUUAGCAUGGGUGGAACAAGGGAGCCGUUCGUUACAUCUCCCUAAUUCCAUAGGGGUUAUCUCUGCAACAUCAUAACAUAGAUGGUGGUGCACAAGCCUCUUCUAUCAUUUCUCUGCAAUGAUGGGUUCUUCCAUAGAUUGAAAAUUUUUCGCACAGCAACUCAAAACUUGAUCAUGGGUGGUCUCAGGAGCUACUACUCUCUCACUCCUGACUCAGAGGUCCCAGAAAUGGGAGAAUUCAUGGGUUUUAUGGAAACCUUGAAAAACUAUGAGAGGUUGGGUGUACCCACAGGUGCUGGAACAGACUCAGAAUAUGGGUUUGAUCUUGGUAGAAUGAGGCGCUUGCUUCAUCGCCUUGGGGAUCCCCAUCUUAAGUUCAAGGCUAUCCAUAUUGCUGGUACCAAGGGAAAGGGAUCGACUGCAGCAUUCAUAUCCAAUAUUUUGAGGAAAGAGGGGUAUUCAGUUGGUUGUUAUACUAGCCCACAUCUUUGGACUCUUAGAGAACGGAUUUCAGUUGGCAGGAAGGAUGAGCCUGUAUCAGCUGGGGAUCUAAAAAAUCUUCUUUCUGAUGUCAGAAAUAUUCUUAAUCUUUCAUUAGAAUUGGAACAGGGGUUUCUAACGCAUUUUGAGGUUCUCACUGCCCUUGCGUUUACUCUAUUUGCUCAAGAGAAUGUUGAUAUAGCUGUAGUUGAGGCUGGCCUUGGGGGAGCAAGAGAUGCAACCAAUGUCAUAUGCAGCUCAAAACUUGCAGUAUCCAUCAUAACAAACAUAGGCGAAGAGCAUAUGGCAGCUUUGGGUGGGUCUCUUGAAAGCAUUGCGAUUGCAAAGUCGGGAAUCAUCAAACAAGGGUGCCCAGUGGUGAUAGGUGGCCCAUUUCAACCACAUGUUGAGCACAUUAUUCGCCAAAAAGCAUUCUCGGAGAAUUCCCCUGUUCUAUCAGCAACAGAUCCUAGGAUCCAUGCUAUUUUGAAAGGUUUCCAAGGCCAUACUGACAAACCUUAUCAAUCUUGUGAUAUACUGAUCCAUCUUGAAGACCUACAAAUGUUCAUUGAGUUAUUUAACAUGAGAUUGCACAUGCUUGGACACCACCAGCUUCAGAAUGCCGUGACGGCAACUUGUUCGGCGCUCUGCCUGAGAAACCGAGAAUGGAGAAUAUCUGAUGAAUCCAUACGUGCUGGAUUAGAGCAUACGUACUUGGUUGGAAGAUGCCAAUUUCUGACAUGCACGGAAGUUGAGUUACUUGGACUCUCUGGAGUAUCUGUAUUGAUUGAUGGAGCCCAUACUGAAGCAUCUGCUGAAUGUUUAACCAAGACGAUUAGAAUGGUGUAUGCCAAGGCUUCAGUGGCUCUUGUAGUGGCCAUGGCAAGUGACAAAGACCAUGUAUCAUUUGCAAUGAAAAUGCUGUCAGAGGGGUACAGGAUACUUCGUACUUCUUAACCUAUUGGUGUAGGGCUCCUCAUCUCCAACCUCUGGGUUGGACGUUCAAGAUCUAUGCACCUAGGGUAAAACAAAAAAUAUUUUCUGGUACGUUAUGUAUUAUAUUGUUCCUAAAGCUUUAUAUAUAUUUCAAUGUGCUAUUUCAAAGCAAGUUUGAUAUCCCGUAGUAUUUUUCUGACUUCUUUAUGUUCAACAAAUCUUUACUGUUACUUCAGCAGAUAAUUUAAAAUGAUAAAAUUAUUUUCGCACUUGUCAAAAAGAAGAGGAUUUGGGUUUGCAUCCUAUCUGUACUUUUUUCUAGAACUAUUUGAUUCGUAAACUUUAUUAUCAAUCCUAUCUUUUCUUUUGAUCUAGAUUGUCAUCUAAAACUUUUAGUCUUUUAUUACCUCUUAAACUGUUUUGCCCCCUUUCUUAUCAAUCCUUUACUAUGGCUCGAAGUUUAAAUGCAUUUAAUAUAAGGGCGCCAAGUAUGGAUUUGGCAGGCAUGCAACCCGUGGUUGUGAUCCUGACUGAGGCAAGCAUUGCUGGAGGUAAUACCCGUGUAACGCCAUCAUCCUUGUUAAAAGAAGCUUGGGUAUCUGCUGCCCAAAAACUAGCAAUCAACUACUAUGAUGUGGACAUGGGAAACCAUAAUGAUGUUCAUUAUCUUCAUAGGAAUUUAAGGGAAAUU